AUGGCUUUGAUCAUUCAUUCCCACGUCGACAUCCUAGACGCUAUCUUUGACAUACUUCGACGAGAAGAAUACACCAUGACGACUGCCGGAGUGUCAGCGGAACGUAGCGUGCGCUACAACGGCCCACGCGAUCUCCGUUCCUGUGCCCUGGUCUCAAGAAUCUGGAGGGACAUCGUGCGGCGCCAUGUUUUCUACGAACUCCACUUCGCUUUCAGUUACAUCAAUCUUGAAUACUCUGCAGCUCGCGAAAAUGGCGAAGAUGGAACCAAGCUGCGAGGAAUCACUUGUUGUUUGCACUCUGGACGCGGGAAAAACCUGUACGACCUCGACCGGUUCCUUAUCGGCUCUCACAUUGCGCAAUACCUACGCAUCCUGAGAUUGGCGGCACAUCCUCACAGCUCAUCGCAGAACACAUGCUCCUGUACUGGUGCUGAUCGUACGCUGUUUCUCAGGCUUCUUAAUCGCAUGGCCCAUCUAAAACACGUCGAUCUCGCCUAUGUCUUGAUAAACCCUAUGCAGAUCGCUCCAUCACCUGCCCCGCCGAUUCCCCACCCCUCGUUGGACAGCCUGUCGCUGGAUCUCUCCUACACAUACUAUAGAAGUGAGGACCGCGUUGUGGAUAUCCUGCGCUGCUUCGAGAAAAUCAAAAAUCUCGAUGUUAUCGAAGCAUUGAUAGCUGCGAAGGUCACUCACGUGCGAUGGAGGAAGAUUCCCGACAUGCGCCUACGAUGACGAACCUCUGUGUCGAUAUUGAAAGAGCGAGAUUUUUCCUCUGUCAUCUGUCGCGUGGCACCAUUUUGAGGUUCUUCCAAACAAACGUUCGUGGACUAGCUUCGCUGGACGUCUUUUCAGUGGGUGAGCUCCCUGCCGCAACUGCCCUGCAAGAUCUCGUCGUCAAUUGUGGGCGCGCUCUCGUGCACAUUGGAUACGGCAUAAAUUGCCAUCCAUUCCAGAAUGACGAAGAAGG